UAAAAGCCGGGACAGCGGCUGCGGGGUCGGGGUAGCCGGGCAGGAUGAGCGCGGCCCCGGGCACCUCCCGUGCCCCCCAGCCCGUGCUUCGUUUCCCCGACGGGGUGGCCGGGCCGGGCGGCGGGCAGGCGGCUGGGGGGGCGGGCUGCGCCCCGGGGCCUUGUCCCUGUCCCUGCCCGGGAGGGCCGCGGAAGCGGCGGAGAACCACCUUCAGCCGGGGGCAGCUGUGGGAGCUGGAGCGGGCGUUCGCCGCCGUGCCCUACCCGGACAUCGCCACCCGGGAGCGCCUGGCCGAGCUCACCCACCUGCCCGAGGCCAAGAUCCAGGUCUGGUUCCAGAACCGCCGUGCCCGCAGGAUCCGCGGCACCAAACCGGAGCCACCGCCACCGCUGCUGCCUCCGCCCGGGGAGCCGGGUCCUCCCCCAGGACCCCCGGACGGCACCGCCCCGGGCUCGGCCCCCGCCCCGCCUGCACCCGGAGCCCCCAGCCCUGCUCGGGGGGCCCUCCCCACCUCGCUGGGCUCCAUCUCCGACCUCAUCUACAGAGCAGCCAUCACCAACCUGGGCGAGCUGUAGCCACGGCAGUGGGGACCCCCCCUCCUACCCCCCCGCACCAAGGACCCCCAGCUUAUCACCACAAUUUCAUUAGGGUGUGGAAUUACCGCCAGUCCUGAAGAUGUCAUCCAAUAUCCCAAAUGUCAGCGUGGCCGUGGCAGGGCCAGCUCCCCAUCAGCCCCCUAAUACCUACUAAUCUUUUGGGGAAAACAAACAAAAAAAAUACCUUAAUCUGAGGCUGUAUCCGUGGAUGAUUGUGGCGCAGCCGCCCCUAAUCCCCGGGCACGUUCGCAGGUGCCAGCGGAUCUCCCCGUGUCGGAUAUUAAAGCGUGUUCUCCAAGGGGUUUAUCUGCCAUCAGAGCAUUAAUCACCGUGUCCAGCGCUGGCAGGUUGCCCACCCAGCAGGUGUCCAGGUCCCUGGUGGUGCCAGCCUCGGUGUCCCCCCCCUUACACCCAGCUGGCUCUGCUCGCUGCUCCAUGGUACCCCAAAAAGUCCCUAGGCUGUGUUGAGGGGCUUCCCAAAGCCGGGUGUCAUUGUCCUCAUGGGCUGGAGAGGGGAAAGGGUUCACGCCCCCCGAACAAAAGCUGGCAGGGGUGCUGCCAUCUGAGUCCCGAGGGAAUAAUGCUCUCCCAAAAGUGGGUGAGGGGGAAGGCAGAGGGAGGUUUUGGUGGAAGCAGGAUGUGGGAUGGAGGGAGAGGGAAGAUUCCCACUCUCUGUGGUGUCUCUUAGAGGCCAGGUUGGCAUUCUGCACAGGAACAGACAUUUCUCA